AUGGUCAAUAUUUCUAUUAACGGUUUCGGUAGAAUCGGUAGAUUAGUCUUAAGAAUUGCUUUGGCUAGAAAGAACAUCACUGUUGUCGCUGUCAACGAUCCUUUCAUCUCUGUUGAAUAUGCUGCUUACAUGUUCAAGUACGACUCCACCCACGGUAGAUACGCCGGUGAAGUUACCCACGAUGACAAACACAUCAUCGUUGAUGGUCACAAGAUCGCUGUCUUCCAAGAGAGAGACCCAGCUGCUUUGCCAUGGGGUAAGGAAAAGAUCGACAUUGCUGUCGACUCCACUGGUGUUUUCAAGGAAUUGGACACUGCUCAAAAGCACAUUGACGCUGGUGCCAAGAAGGUUGUUAUCACUGCUCCAUCUUCCACUGCUCCAAUGUUCGUUAUUGGUGUCAACUCUGAUGCUUACAACGGUGAAAAGAUCGUUUCCAACGCUUCUUGUACCACCAACUGUUUGGCUCCAUUGGCUAAGGUCAUCAACGAUGCUUUCGGUAUCAAGGAAGGUUUGAUGACCACUGUCCACUCUUUGACUGCUACUCAAAAGACUGUUGACGGUCCAUCCCACAAGGACUGGAGAGGUGGUAGAACCGCUUCCGGUAACAUUAUCCCAUCCUCCACCGGUGCUGCUAAGGCUGUCGGUAAGGUCUUGCCAGUUUUGCAAGGUAAAUUGACCGGUAUGGCUUUCAGAGUCCCAACCGUCGAUGUCUCCGUUGUUGACUUGACUGUUAACUUGGAAAAGGGUACCACUUACGAUGAAAUCAAGAAGGUUGUCAAGGCUGCUUCUGAAGGUCCAUUGAAGGGAGUUUUGGGUUACACUGAAGACUCUGUUGUCUCUUCCGAUUUCUUGGGUGACACUCACUCUUCCAUCUUCGAUGCUACCGCUGGUAUUCAAUUGACCCCAACUUUCGUCAAAUUGGUUUCCUGGUACGAUAACGAAUACGGUUACUCCACCAGAGUUGUCGACUUGAUCGAACACGUCGCUUAA